CAGUCAGAAUAUUUUUUAAAUAGCUCAUUGAUUAAUUAAUAAUUUACUUAUUAUUAUUAAAAAAUAUUUAUACCCUAAAACGAGAGACUAGCAAUGUGUGAAGCAACGCAGCCGCGACAAAAGGUGCCCAAAGAUGGACCGGGGCCUAGAGGUGCACCUGAUUGCUACUACACAUCUCGCGUGCUAAACUCAACGCACCGGUACGCGAAGUUCGUACGCAAGUUGCGCGCGAAAGAGGAGGAGGAACGAAAGGGCGCGGAGAACAAACUGAAAGAGCUCAAAAACCGACAGACUAGUUUCUUCUUUAUACACUGUGAUCGAAGGUCAUGCAUCAACAACGUUGCGCGUCGAGUGGAAUUCUGUAUGGCAUCGUACGAAGCGGAUGUCAAAGCUAAACAAGAAAGACUGAAAGAGCUGUUGAGGCUCGAAGAGCAGGAGCACAUGCGCAAGUUAGUGGAGCAAGCGCAGGCGGGCAGCGAAGCCGCGUGGCAAGACAAGCUGGCGCGGCUGCGGCACUUGCUGGACAAGCGGCAGAAGGAGCACGAAGACAAAUACACGGACACGCCGCUAUCAAAAUGCGUCCACGUACUCCCCUGCAUAUACAAACUGCGCGCGAAAGAGGCAGAAGAGAUCCAACUGUACCAGAUGAAAGAGAAGGAGGCGCGCAAGAUGGCAGAGAAAGAGUUCGACAAGAUGUGGCAUGAAGUUGCGAUGAAAGAGUCUGAAGCAUUGGCAGCACGCAUGGAACAAGACGCAAUAGAAAGAACUCGUCGAGACUACGAGUGCAACAAAUACUCGCAGUACCAAGUGGAACAGAACCGCAUACAGCGAGAGAAGGAGAGGGAGAGGCUUAAAGAAGAGACCAGAUGGUUCAGGGCACUGUGGGACGAGGAGAAUAGAAAAGAGGAAGAAGCUCAACGCCAACGUAUGGAAAAGAGUCGAAAAAUGGCCGCAGAACGCAAACAAAUGCUAGAAGAAAGACAUGAAGUUCUAGCACAACAAGAGAAGGAGGCCAAGUUGAUAUCUGACACUUGGGACUCCCUCACCGGGCAGGGCCUGGCUGAGCAGCAGGCGGAGGUCAUGCUUAGGAGACAAAAAGAGAGAGAACUGGACGAAUGCAACAGGAAGUUGAUAGAAUUGAAGAAGCAAUUCUCGGAGAGAGAUAAGGAAGUAGAGGGCCCCAUCGCUGAGGAGGCGCGGCGCAGGCAGGAGGUGACAGACGCAAAGCGCUGCGAGUAUAUGGGGUGGGCUCAGAGGACCAACAGGGAAGUCCGUCAAGCUAUGAUAGAGCAGAUCAAAGAGCGGCAACACGCCAGCGAGGUACUAAAGCAGAAGAUGCAAGAACAGGAAGAAUACGAGCGCCAGCAGUUCGCGCACACCAGCCAGCUCUGCGACCACCAGGCGCUGUGUGACGCUGCUGCCAGGAAGAAGCAUCAGCUGGAUUUGCUUCAGCAGAUCGAGUACAACAAGCUACUGAAGGAGCGAGCGCUUCAAGAAGAAUUGGAACAGAUGAAGAAAUGUAAAAUGGCUGCCGCAGAGUAUGAGAAUGAAAUUGGCAGAAUGCUUUGCAGACCUUUCUUCUGUGACGAGAUCCAUCCGUUCAUGAAGCAAAUGUCAUCAAAUUUGAAGAUGAAAGAGAAAUGUCCGUGUUCGAAACCAGACUAUUGCAAGUGAUUGUUUUCAAAUCGGUUUCAUUUUAUGUCAUUGAUGGCGUAUCUACCUAUCACGACUAUAGUCUCUCAAGUUCGUUGAUAACUCUCCCAUGAUAUGCGGGCGACGGGCGGAAAGACUGCGCGGGUGUGAAAUCAUGCGUGCAGGGAUGUGACGAGCAUCAGUCGUGAGUUUUU